CCUUUAUAGCAUUUAAUUUAAUUCUCUUAAAUUUUAAGAAAUAUCACUUAAAUAAUUUAAUUCUUUUAAAAUUUUAAAUAAAUUCUCUUAAAUUUAAACUCUCUUAAAUUCCAAUAUAAUGCUAUUAAAUUCUAUUGUAUUUAUAUAUUUAUUAACAUUGCUUGAUUCCGUUCUUGGUUAUGGACCUCCAAUUUCAUGUCCUCCUGGGUGGGUGUUGCUACCAAACAGUUAUACUUGCUAUAAAUUUAUAGCACAACCAUCCACUUGGUAUAACGCAAAAGGUUACUGUUCGUCUUAUAAAAAUUCCGCUUUAGUCAUAAUUGAUAAUGGUCCGGAACUAGAAUUAGUCUCUCAAAUUUCCCAAGGAACUGACAUAUGGGUUGGAGAUGAAAUUAGUUAUCCUAGCCAUUCAUGCUUAAAACACCAUGGGCCAAGUUUAGUUAUUGAAUCUUGUUACACCUUACUACCCUACGUGUGCGAACUUGAUAUAAGUCCCAACCCUUGUCCUAUCUUAUACCCAUAUGAUCCUAUUCAACGUUUUUAUUACCCUCACCCAGCUUUGCCUUAUAAGUUCAUUCAAUGUUCCUUGACUAGUAUUAACUACGUAAUGCUAUGUGCUAAAGGAACAAUAUGGGAUCAACGUUUAUUGACUUGCAUAAGAUCCUCUAUUUAUCCUUCCAAAAAGAAAAGAAAUACAGGAUUCCGCAUAUCAAGAGGAGUUGACCACAAUGCUCCCAUUGCCUAUAGGAAUGACUAUGGCGACGAUUUAUCUAGUUAUUCCCCUAUUCCAGAUGAUGAUGACUAUAAUGAUGUAUCAAGCUACAAACCCAAAAUUAAGGUAAUAUCCUAUGAUGAGUCUAGUCCAUUUUACAGAACCGAUUAUGCAAUAAAGGCACCAAAGAAUUAUAAAGAUCCUCAUUCAAAAGAUAGAUCAUCUUCUGGAUAUCAAAGUAACUCUUAUUCAAAACUUUCUAUUCCAGUUCCUAAUCGUUAUAAUGAUAAUUAUCAAGAAAUCCGACCUCUGUCCAAUCAAAGAAAUUAUUUUAGAUACAAAGAUGAUAAUAACAAAAGAUUAAAGUAUCAACCAAAUCCUUACAACCAAAUUAAUGUAAACUCGUAUGAUUCUAAUUAUGAAAAUAAUAGGCCAUCAUAUAAGUAUAAGGCAUCAAGUUAUAAGGAUACACAUCCCGAUAAUUCUAAUUAUGAUGAUAGACCAUCAUAUAAGGAUAUGGCAUCAAGUUAUAAGGAUAAGCAGCCCGAUAAUUCUAAGUAUCCUGAACAUUCCCCCAACUCUUACGAAUAUUAAAAUUUUUAUGGAUUAUUUAAAUAAAUUAUUGUAUUUAUCUAUUGUGUUUCAAAAUUUACAUUUUGAUUAAAUAAAAUAU